CUGUCCCCGCCCGCCUCCUCCUGGCUCAGUGCGGCUCGGGAGGCCGAAGCGGGAGGAGCGCGCCUCUUUGGGUCCAGUCUUCCCCUCACCCUCCCCUCAGAGGCUUCGCAGGGCAGAUAAGAGCUCCGCGUAUCCCGUGAGCCUGCGAAAGAGCGAUGGGACCCUCCAGUCCUCCCUCGGCGGACCCUUAGAAGGGCUCCGCGUCUCCCUGCCGACCCCAAAAGCCACUCCCCUCCACCCCAAGAACGCUGAUUUGUUUGAAAUGAUUGAGAAGAUGCAGGGAAGCCGGAUGGACGAACAGCGGUGCUCCUUCCCUCCCACCCUCAAGACGGAAGAGGACUACAUCCCCUACCCUAGCGUCCACGAGGUCCUGGGCCGGGAGGGCCCCUUCCCGCUGAUCCUCCUCCCGCAGUUUGGGGGCUACUGGAUCGAGGGCACCAACCACGAGUGGAGCGGAGGUCCCGAAGCCGCACCGCCGCCGGCAACCUCCAAGGCCAAGCUGGAAUGCAACCAUACCGCCCGCCUCUACCGCAAGCACUUCCUGGGCAAGGAGCACUUCAAUUACUACUCCAUGGACGCGGCCUUGGGGCACCUCGUCUUCUCGCUCAAGUACGACGUCAUCGGGGACCAGGAGCACCUCCGCCUCCUCUUGCGGACAAAGAGCCGGACAUUCCACGACGUGAUCCCCAUCUCCUGCCUGACGGAGUUUCCCAACGUUGUGCAGAUGGCCAAGCUGGUCUGCGAAGACGUCAACGUUGACCGCUUCUACCCGGUCCUGUACCCAAAGGCUUCCCGGCUCAUUGUGACAUUCGACGAACACGUCAUCAGUAACAACUUCAAGUUCGGCGUCAUCUACCAGAAGCCCGGCCAGACGUCGGAAGAGGAGCUCUUCAGCACCACGGAGGAGAGCCCGGCCUUUGUGGAGUUCCUGGAGCUUUUGGGCCAGAGAGUACAACUGCAGGACUUCAAGGGGUUUCGGGGCGGCCUGGACGUGACCCAUGGGCAAACGGGGACCGAGUCGGUCUACUGCAACUUCCGCAACAAGGAGAUCAUGUUCCACGUCUCCACCAAGCUGCCCUUCACCGAAGGGGACGCCCAGCAGCUCCAGCGCAAGCGGCACAUCGGCAACGACAUUGUGGCCAUCGUCUUCCAGGACGAGAGCACGCCUUUCGUGCCGGACAUGAUUGCCUCCAACUUCCUGCACGCCUACGUGGUGGUCCAGGCCGAAGGGCCGGGCAGCAGCGACGGGAGUGGACUCUACAAGGUCUCUGCCACGGCCCGGGACGACGUGCCCUUCUUCGGACCCCCGCUGCCCGACCCGGCAGUUUUCCGAAAGGGCCCCGAGUUCCAGGAGUUCCUCUUGACGAAGCUGAUCAAUGCGGAGUAUGCCUGCUACAAAGCCGAGAAGUUUGCCAAACUGGAGGAGCGGACACGGACGGCGCUGCUGGAGACGCUCUACGAGGAGCUGCACCUCAACAGCCAAUCCAUGAUGGGCUUGGGGGGCGACGAGGACAAGAUGGAGAACGGCAGCGGCGGAGGAGGAGGGGGCUUCUUUGAAUCCUUCAAGCGCGUGAUCCGCAGCCGCAGCCAGUCGAUGGACGCGGUGGGCCUGAGCGGCAAGCGGCAGAACACCGUCUCGGCCAGCCACAGCGGCAGCUUCGGGCACAACAACCCGGACGUGGCCAAGACGGCCGGCAUUUCAUUGCUUGUCCCUGGGAAAACGCCAAGUAGGUACGGACGCCGAGGCAGCGCCAUAGGAAUAGGAACCAUAGAAGAGUCCCUGAUCGUCCCUGGGAAAAGCCCCACGCGGAAGAAGUCCGGGCCCUUCGGAUCGCGCCGCAGCAGCGCCAUCGGCAUCGAGAACAUCCAGGAAGUGCAGGAAAAGAGGGAGAGCCCGACUGGUCCUGAAAAGACGCCGGACAGCGGCCACGUCUCCCAGGACCCCAAAUCGGAGGAUUCGUCCAACCAGAGUUCACCCGAGAUGCCCACCACCAAGAACAGGCCGGCCCCCAAAGCGGAGGCCCUUCGCAGCGGCUGCUCCCGCUCCUCUUCCUCCAGCGCCAGCAGCUUUGGCAGCGGGACCGAAGGGCCCCAAGGCAGCGGUCACGAGGACGACAACGGUGACGAUGAUGACGAUGCCGGCACGGAGAGCCACUCCUCCUCCUCUGAGGCGCCCCACAAGCGGGGCUCCUUCAUCUACAGCACUUGGCUGGAGGACAGCCUCAGUGCCGCCAGUGCAGGGAGCUCCCCCGGCCCUUCCCCGCAGCCAGACCCCCGGAAGUCUGCUGACCCUUCGUGUCCAGAGAUCAAGAUCCAGCUCGAACAGACGGAGCGGCCGCCGUCCAACUUGAGCUGCUAGCCCGCCGUGGAUGCGCCACCCACAAAACAAAUGAUCAUAAGCACACGGUGAAGAAGCGCAAGGCGGCCCUUCGGCCAGACCACGCCUCUGCUGACCACCUAGGAUGACCCUCCUGCGCCUCCCGAUUGACCCCCGAUGCGCCUUGGGGUGCUCUUGACCCACCAGACCUGGCAGGACUGGACUGGACUCCACCGGGGCCUUUCCUUGGAACGACCCUCGCCCCAAGCCCUGCCCCCUUUUUCCAUGAGCUGUGCUCCAGAUCCCCCCCCCCCAAAAAAACUACCCUAAGGCCUCCAGCCACUGUCCAGCUUGACCCUUCAAAUCAAUGGACAAUCGCUUGAUGGACAUCAUGGCUGCUUCUCCCAAGAUGGCAUUUUCCAGAGCCAGAACCGGUGUCAAAACGGGUCCCCUAAUGUCCAGUAACAGAGAAUAAUAUCCCACUCGACUUGGGUGCCAACAAUCUCUUCUGUCCUUCCGUCCCUCCUGACCGUUGGGCGUCAAGCCAUCCAGGCCAUCCGCAGUGACCAUGCGGGGAUUCAUUUGUCCACCACGGACACUCUUUGGCCCCAAUUUGCCAAGCAAAAGAGCCAUAUUCCCUCCAUUUGACCGCUGGGCACUCAGGUCAGGACAGUGCAGAGAUCCGUCCAUCCCUUACGGAUAAACUAAUUCUGACACACAAGCAGAGAGAGACCUCAAAUGGAUGCCCCCUUUGCCGUUCCAUCCACUUGACCAUUGUCCAGCAAGCCAUCCAGAUGGCCUACAAUGACCAUUGAUCUGUGGAUACUCUUUGGCCAACUGACCCUUCUCCUCUAUCAUUCCGUCCACUCUUGACCAUUCCGUUCUGACGUCCAGUAAGCAACUAGUAUGGACAAUUCACUGAACUGGAUGCUGAGCGGAAGAGACAUCUUCAUCCUUUGCCGUCCAGUCUUGGUUCCUGAGGUCCAGCAAGGCACCCAUCCCCUCCGGCCCCUCUUUGACCCUGAUUCGUCUGGCCAUUUGGGACAAAAGGGUCCUCUCUCAUCUCUGCCGGACGUUGCCCUUUGCGAUUUUGCUGUACAGUUUUUUUUUUGGUGUUUGUUUGUGCUUUUUUGCAAUCCGAACGUGCAAAACACUGUGAAGGACCCCACUGAGGGGCGAACGCGGGUGUCGACGACCCUAAGAAAACAUCCCUAUUUAAUUUCCUUCCUGAAGAAGACGGGAAGAAACAAUCGCACCUCCUCCUGGAUCUCUUUUGUGUUGUCCGUCUGCCGCCUCGCCUGGCUUUUCGAUUUGUUUUGUUUCAGUUCAGGUCCUUCGCGGCCUCUACUUCUUUUUUCCUUCGUUUUCUUUGUUCGGUUUUCAAAACGAGCCCCAAAGUUGUGUCGGUGUUUCCGAGUGACGACGACCAUAAUGUAUAAAAUGAAACGAGAAGAAAAAAAUUCUAUUUAUCGCUAUUGCUCAGAAGAUUCUAUUUGUAAAAAAAUAAUAAUAAGGGAAAGUGCUUUUUAAAAAGUGUACAGGAUGGGAAAUAAAAGGAGAAACCUG